UGAGGACAUUGUCGGGAGAAGAGAAGGGCCACAGGCCAAGACGAGCACCAUGAGCUCGGGCACCCCGUACAUCGGCAGCAAGAUCAGUCUGAUCUCUAAGGCUCAGAUCCGCUAUGAAGGCAUCCUGUACACCAUCGAUACCGAGAACUCCACCGUGGCCCUAGCCAAAGUCCGCUCGUUUGGGACAGAAGAUCGUCCAACUGACCGUCCGGCCCCGCCUCGGGAGGAAGUCUACGAGUAUAUCAUUUUCCGCGGCAGCGAUAUUAAGGACAUCACUGUAUGUGAGCCCCCGAAGGCUUCUCAUGCUCUUCCACAGGACCCUGCUAUAGUCCAGUCUUCUCUGGGCUCUGCUCCUGCUGCUUCCUACCAGCCUUCGGUGCCUUACAGCCCAUUCAGAGGGAUGCCAACCUACAGCCAGCUUGCCGCCACUUCGCUCCUUAGCCAACAGUAUGCUGCCUCCCUUGGGCUAGAAAAGUUGGGGAGCCCUACGGCAUCUGCCGGGGCCUCCAGCUCCUGCUCUUCCCCUUCUCCUCAGCCUGUCGCCCCAGAACCGGAUGUCCCAGCGGAACCACCGCAGUUGUCUCAGAAUGCUGGCUAUCCCUCCAUCCCAGUGAGGAAGAGCCCGAUGGUGGAGCAAGCUGUGCAGACAGGCCCACUGGAAAACCAGGCCCAGAAGAAAGUUCAGCAGGCGAAAGGGGCUCCUGUUGGUCAGAGGGGUGUUCGGCAAAGUGGCCCUCAAUCUCAGCCAGCACCCUUAAAUGUGCCACCUCCAGCUGCCCCAGUUCUGGGCACCAUAAAUGACGAGAAUAGACGACCUCCCCGACGGAGAUCAGGGAACAGACGGACUAGAAAUCGGUCCCGUGGUCAGAACAGACCCACUACCGUGAAAGAGAAUCCCAUAAAAUUUGAAGGAGACUUCGACUUUGAAACGGCCAAUGCACAGUUCAACAGAGAGGAGCUAGAUAAGGAGUUCAAGGAUAAAUUAAACUUCAAAGAAGAGAAGCCUGAAAAGGAAGGCGAAGAGAAGACCGAUUCAGGGGUGGAAACCCAGAAUAGUGACGGAAACCCAGAGGAAGACCCCCUGGGACCAAACACAUAUUAUGACCGGUCAAAGUCUUUCUUUGAUAAUAUCUCUUCUGAAAUGAAGUCCAGGCGCACCACAUGGGCGGAGGAGAGGAAGCUGAAUACGGAGACCUUUGGCGUCUCUGGGAGGUUCCUCAGGGGGCGGAGCUUCCGUGGCGGCUUCAGAGGAGGAAGAGGCAGCGCUGCUCCUCGGAGGAACCAGACAACCCAGAGAGCUGGCACAGGGCGGGUGUGAUCAGUCACCCCUGGUACAAACAUGGACAUGUUUUUUUUUUUUUUUUUUUUUUUUUUUCCCGCCUUCAGACUGACUUUGUCUUCCAUUUGUUUUUUGUUUUUUUUCUUUUCCCCCUGCAAAAGCAUUGCAGCUGUUAACUGUUUAGCCAACCCUGCCCCCACCCCAUCCCCUUGCUGGUCUGGAUAAAGGGCCCUGUGAUGCUUCAGUAGAACUCUGGUUAUAGUCUGUGUUUGGAACAGUGUACACAUAGGGAGGUAGUGAGCAGUGCCACAUUUACAGGGGAAAGGUCUUUGUCACAAGUCUGCCGAAAAGUGAGCAGAAGUUUUGAACACCCAAAAGGAGGAGUCUCCUACCUCUUUAUUUUAAUGUUUGUUUUUUCUCCUGCCUCUCCCCAUGGCUAUUAGGGGGUUUUAAUACUUUUUUUUGGUUUGUUAGCGUUUUGCUCACCCCUAUUAAUGUACAUUUUAUUUUAUGCCCCCCCACUUUGUGUUGCUUUACAAUUGAGUGACAAAUGGCACUUUAAGGGUGGUGGGCAUUUGACUCACAGUUCCCACCCCACAGCCUCGAAGCACUUUGUUCAAACCAUAUAGCCCUGGAACGCCUGAUUGGUUCACUGUACAAAACAAGUCUUGGCCCUUUAAAUUCUGCACUGCCACAAGGAUUUUGCUGUAGCCAAAUCCUGUUGUACCGGAGCUUAUAUCCCACGAGUGAUCCUCUGUGCACCCAGCACACCCUGUACCAACUCCUGCAUGGCCGAGGUCUCAAAAUAGUUGGGUUGUUGCAGUUGAACUGCACUCACCCAGUUUCCUUUCGCUUUUGUUUUUUUUACCCAGCUGAUACAUUUUAAGUUAUACAUAAAAUAAGUUAAUUUAAAAGCUUGCCUUUAUUUUUGUAGAAGACUGGUGCUAAAUGAAAACCAGUAGUCCACUGAAUUGUGACACAGUGUAAUCUGCAAAUAAACCUACAAAUGUUUAAUGAG